CUGAAGCUAAGUCAAACUGAGAGGGAGAGACGAUGGCGCAUUCUUUUGCGUGUGAGGAUGUCUGUGGCAGUCCCAAGAGCGUGUCCCAUCUUUUGGAGAGUUGGGGAAGAAAGCUAUAUAUUAUGUGUUCACACCACCCCUGCCACUAUGUACAAAGCUUGAACUACAGGUUUCACGCUUCUCUCUCUCUCUCUCUCUCUCACACACUGUAGCUCGAGCGGUGCAAUUGUUCUCUUCCACGGAGGAGAAACUGUCGUUUCUUCACCUCACCGUGCUAAUGAUCCUCCUUCUCCUUCGCCUCUUGCUCUGCUUCUCCUCUCCCCCGGGUUAGCACCUCUUAAUUCCCAUGUCAAAAUGUUCUGUUCUACUGCACUUUGUAUCUGUUUUCAGGGCUUUGUGACGCUCUGUUCGCGUCUAUGGCAGUCAAAGGUGGGAGCUUUACGAGGCUGGGCGUUAACUAUGGCACCCUGGGUGACGACCUCCCCUCCGCCGCCCGUUCCGUUGCCCUCCUCCAGUCUCUCGGCGCCGGCGCCGUGAAGAUCUACGACGCGAACCCGGCCAUCCUCCGCGCCCUUGCCGGCACUGGCGUUCGCGUCUCAAUCAUGGUGCCCAACGAGAUCGUCCCCUUCCUGGGCGCUAACGCUUCGCUCGCCGACGCUUGGGUGGCCGACAACCUCGCGCCCUUCUACCCUGCCGUCCGCGUCCGAUACCUCCUCGUUGGUAACGAGAUCCUUUCCGACGCCUCUCUCGCCAACUCCACCUGGCCCUUCCUCGUCCCCGCCAUGGCCAACAUCCACCGCGCCCUCCGCGCCCGCUCCGUCUGCGACGUGAAGGUCGGCACGACCCUCGCCAUGGACGCCCUCGCGACCUCCUUCCCGCCCUCUGCUGGCGCCUUCCGCGCCGACAUCGCCGGGCCUGUGAUGCGCCCCCUCCUCGACUUCCUCAGCAGGACUCGCUCCUACUACUUCGUCGACGCAUACCCGUACCUCGCCUGGGCCUCGAACCCGUCCUCCAUCCGCCUCGACUACGCCCUCUUCGCCGCCAACUCGUCCUUGAGCUACAUCGAUCCGGGGAGCAACCUGACCUACACCAAUCUGUUGGACCAGAUGUUCGACGCGGUGGUGGCGGCGAUGCGCCGGCUAGGGUUCGGAGGCGUCCCGAUCGCCGUGGCGGAGACGGGUUGGCCGAACGCCGGAGACCUGGACCAGUUCGGGGCCAACGUCCACAAUGCGGCCACCUACAACCGGAACCUCGCCCGGCGGAUGGCGGUGCGGCCGGCGGCGGGGACGCCGGCGCGGCCGGGAGCAGCGAUGCCGGUGUUCGUCUUCUCGCUGUACAACGAGGACCGGAAGCCGGGGCCAGGGACGGAGCGUCACUGGGGCCUGCUGUACCCCGACGGGAAGCAGGUGUACGAGGUGGACCUCAGCGGGCGGCGGCCGUUGGAGUCGUACCCACCGCUUCCGCCGCCGGAGAACGACGUGCCGUACAUGGGGAAGAUCUGGUGCGUGUUAGACGCCGAGGGAAAGGCGGCGGCGAACACGACGGCGGCGCUGGCGUACGCGUGCGGGCAGGGAACCGGCACGUGCGACGCCAUCCGGCCGGGCGGCCCGUGCUACGAGCCCAACACGCUGGUGACGCACGCGAGCUACGCGUUCAACUCGUACUGGCAACAGUUUCGGCAGGCGGGCGGGACGUGCUUCUUCGACGGGCUCGCCGUGCAGACCAAGGCCGACCCGAGUUAUGGAUCUUGCAAAUACCCAAGUUUGACAAAGUAAGGAGAAGGAACACUAUCAACAAGUCAACUAACAUGCAAUUUGCAGUGCAAUAUGCAUUUUGAGGGUCAUAUUUUAUUCUUUCAACCAUUUCAUUUCAAACUAAAUUCCAUCUCAUUUUUCUUUUCUUACUUUCUCUAAGAUCCAUCAAUUAUGCAAUAAUACACUAACCAAAUAUCUGUAUUAUUAAUAUGAUAACUCUGAAAGGUAAUUUCUAUUUACGUUCCUAAGCCUGAGUUGUUAGGAACAGGGGAUUUGUAGUG